CAUUCACUACAUUGAGCUAGCGAGCAGUGAAGCACCGCCUGUACACAACGCUCGACAUUCACUGUUUGGACAAGCUCCAUUCUUACAGUGUCUCGGUCAUAAAUUAAAGCGAUCGGCCUCAAGAGAGGUUGAAACUCAAGCUAGACGAAAUUAGAUACGGCUUGGAAAUCAGGUGGUCUGUGAAUAUAAGCAGAGGGAGCAUCUUCGUAUCAGGGACACUCGAGCUAACGCUGGGAGGGCACAGGUGUGUUCAGGUGUGCAACGACAGCAAUCGAACGCCGCAUACCCCUACACGGAGAAAGCGUCUCGGAUACACACCUCAGUGUUAAGGAUUUGCUGUUUGCGGUGUAUUAAUCUUUUCACCUGACAGUCGCUGACUGCGGUGUCAUACCUUUGCGACUUACCUGUCCUAGAGACUUGCUACCUGUGUUUCUCACCUGCUUCAACUGCAACAGGAACUGUGUACGCGUUGACUUAAUGUAGCGGCAAGCUAUCAGCUCCAUACUGCAGAAUACUGUGGUAACCGGUUCAUCCCUACACUCACCUGGACAAUAUUUGUCUCACCUGUGACUCUACCUGUGGACAUGAUCAUAACGCAGGCCCCCCAACUGUCCCCGGUGUCCCCCCUCCCCACAGAUUUGUCAAAAUGCAGCGACACGGAUCUUGGUCUAUAUCUCUCACAAAGGAUGGAGCUGGUUUGGCACGGGGAGUUCGACCGCCUGUUCUCCCAGUACUUCCCCCACCAGUGGUACCUGGUCCCCACCUUCUACCCGCCCAGUGAACGAUGGAGGACGUUCAAGGAUAGCGCUAAAGUGCGAUUUUCCUGUCAAGAGUGCGGUCAUGGGUGGACGUCGAUGAAGGGACGCGUCAUCUUCUGGUUUCACCUCAACUACGCCACCAAUUCCGGUUACGUCCUCUUCAAGCUGUACGGCCAGCAGUGCCAGAAGUGUAAGAACGGAUCCUACGAACACGCCAUGUGGUACCCAGAAGAGGUCGUCAAGGUUAUUGGCAACGUGUACAACCGUGUCGGACAGCUCUACUACGGCUUUGUCCGCCCACCACUGAGAAUAGACAGACGUGCCGGGAAGCCCAGGAAUCAACACAACGCCGAGCUAUGCCAAGCAUGCAAAGAGGGCCUCUGCAAAGAAGAAUGGUCAUUUUCAUGACGUCACCAUGAUGUCACCUAGAUACUUGCUCACAAUCAAAAUCAUUCGAAUUUCCUCGGUACAUUCCGACAAAGUCCGAAGUUGGGUUCAAUUGGAAUGACCACAGGCACAAUCUGUUUGAAUUGCCGAGGUUUUCCGAACGACAGAGAACUUGUUAGGAAUGCAAUAGUUUUGGUCAUCAUGAUAUCCUGAGACUGCGUGGAGUGUGCGUGCGUGAGUAAAAGUAUAUGAGUGAGUAAAAAGUGUUUAGCAAAAGCUGACGAUUACAAACGUCUAAUCUGUCCUACUUUUAAUUUGAGAGACGGGUUUGUGACUUCACACGACCACCAAAGAACGUUGUUACUGAGUUUCAUACUGCUUUCUAAAUGGCAUAAUCUGUACAGCAUCCGACAUUGUCAAUACUUCACGUGUUUGAAUACACUCCCUCACUCCGCCACCUCCAUCACACACGGCCUCUUUGCGGCGUAACAGUGACGCGAGUCCAGUUUUAGUCAACCAAUGAAAUGCGACCUUUUAUAACUCACGGAAGUUAAAUGAGCCCUACUCCGUUCAAGACCUUAGUACUUUCGAACCCGUUGUCUGAUGUUGAAUGUAUUACGUCAACGCCAGAGAAUAAUAAGUCUCGAUUAUCCAACGAAAUAGAAUCUAUUGGGCGUAAAAGGCAAAAUAGCCGUGAAAAUUAUAUGAAUGAAUCACUGAAAGCAAUGUGUAGCGUUGAUAACAGCAAGGCACGUGUUGCACGAGAAAUAUUGCCGUUUGGGCGAUGUAACGUGAUCGCUCAUUGGUCAAAGUAGUCUCUGGUUUCCGUCUUGUUUGAACAGGCCGUCGCUUGAAUCGUCGGUCAAAAACAGCGACCACAUCGAAUUUAGGCCAAUGUAUUCAUAGAUGAUGGAGGUGCGUGGUGUAUACAACCUUUGAAGUAUUGAUGAUGACGAGUAAAUAUCGUUACCGCUUCCGUAUGUCAUUUUGCUUGUGUAUUAUUAUUAGCUAUCAUCUUCCAUCUGCUGACUUUGUUCAACAUUGGUGUUUUGUACGCCUACAUUUUUUACGUUAGGAAAAAUCACAAAUAUCUUCAUAUCUGAAUAUUCGUUAAAAACAUGAAAAGUAACUUGUUUUGUAACUUUUUCUACAAAACAGGCUGUGUAUUUGCGUAUCACGGCUUUCAUUAACCCAUGAUCAUACAAUCUUCUACAUCAAGAUGUUUAAUUAUACAAUGCAAUCCUAUUAACCGGACAAUGUCGUUAAAACGAAUUUUAAAAAUCCGGAUUAACGGAUUAAUUCGUAAUGUUCCUUUAAACACGUUAAGACAAAAUCGUUUUGAAGGCAGGAUUGUCGGAUUAACGAAGUCCGUGUUAACAAAGUUCGGUUUACCGGGGGUUCACUGUAAACAAACUUACAACAUUCCAUCUUACUUGAAGAAUCUACUUUACUUCGCAUUUACAUCGUUGUUUAUAUUUCAAGCGAUUUGUCUCACUUAACAUUGAACUUAGUGCCUUUCGAUAUACAUGUAUAUUUUGAUAUGUAUUUACUUGUUUAUUGGACCUUUUGUUUGGGGUUGACUUGUAUAGAUGUGAUACCUUGUUUUGGUAGCCAAGUACCACCGCAAUCCAUGCGUCAUAAUUUACAUUUUGAAUGAGUGUGUACGCUGCGCCCAUUGUCAUUAUUGUUGAGGGCAGACGUCGGUUGGUUUACGGAUUUUGACAGAGAACAGUCGUAAGGUCGAAACAAAUAUUUAAAAAAUGCAUUUUACAUUUUUUUUUUUAGUCGUUGUUAAGUUUCAUUUGGAGCGAUAGGUGUUAAAAAUAAAUCUCGGCCUGGUUUGGGUGCUUAAAAAUAUUAUAAUUAAUUGACUUGUAAUGACGAUUCAUUGUUGGAAAAAAAUAAAAGCGACACAAUCCUUCCAUAUUCAUAAGAAAUCUCUGCCAAAAGCAGAAUCGAUUGUACAAUUCCGACAAUAUCGUAUGAAUCAGGACCAAAAAGUGGUAAAUACCAAGUUUUCGCGGAAAGGUUAGCGUAUCCUGCCCUACCGAUGGUGCCCGUAACAAACACAUGCACAGGCAAGUCAAGUGUUCACCUGAAAAAACACGGAAACAUAUGGCUCAUGUAGAAAAUGGUGAAUAGCAUCGGACAUUCUGUUUUCGUCGCUUAAAAACCCUUUGCAUUAUUUUUAUUGAAAAAGCGGCGGGAUAAAAAACUUUGUCAUUCUGAUUUCAUUUUUUUCGGAAUAUUCGAUUUUUAAGGUCGGCAGAUAUGUGCUCAUUGUAGUUUAUCUGUGGGGCAAGGAAAGGAACUUCGAUUGAUACGGAAUCAAAUUCUGUUAUCUCCCCCUGCAAACCUCCCAAGUUUGAACGCCAAAAGCCUCAUCGCCUGAGAAAAUCAGCUUGGGUCAAAGAUUUAUUAUUGUUUAAAUAUUAAAUAUCAAAAUAAUUUCGCGAAACCUCUAUUAUUUUUCACCCUGUAGUUUUACAUCUUAAAAGAUUUCAAAAAAUUCCACUCAUUUCUAAACUACUGCAAAUCAACUUCGCCACAAUGGGUCCUUGUGCUCGCCCUUACAUAAGCAUUAUAUCCCCUGUUGACACUGUGGUCACUAUCACUGUUGACUGUUUUGUUUAGCUACGGUCAGUAGUGAGUUUAGCUGUAUAUAUUAUUCGUUAGUAACAUUUUCUCAAUUUUUAUUAUAUUUACGUAUUGCAUUUUUUCAAGACCCAUGUUUACGUAUUAUAUGUGUAAAAUAUGUGAAUGUGUGAGCCAUUCAUUGAGCCAAGUCAUGUUUGAUCUUGUUUGAUUGUUUGAUUGUUUGAUUAAUGUUCAUAAAAAAACGUUUUCUAUAAAUUUUGGUUAACAUACACCAAAUCAUUUCUCACUGAUCAAUUUUGGUUCGUGUGACAUGUCAUUUUUAUAAUAUUUUUCCGGCAACACAUAAUGUACUAGCUAUUACUCGUUAACAGCGUUGACAUUCUGGACGAGUCCAUGUUGGCCAACGCUAGUGUCAACAUAUAUAUGAUGUCUUAAAAAUACACACAUCAUCAUUUUUUUCUUACCAUUCAUUCAAUUUGUUUUCUACAUAAAACAAUAUGUACAUUCUACCAUUGUAUCCUCGACAUGCAUAUCAAUGUCCUGUGCCUUGCUGCAUGUAUAUUUCACGCAAUGUUCUACUUUUAUAUUUACAUUACACAUAUAGCUAAGUUUGUCAUAUGUAUGUCUUUAUAUACUAUGAUUGUGCUAGAUAUACAUUUUAAUAUGUACAAAUGUGACCUGCAGUGAACAUAGCUUUUAAUUCGAUCCAAUUUUCUAAUUCCUUCAUAAUCCUUAAUAACCGCUGUGACAAUUGCAAGCAAAAUUCAAUCUAGUCAAAAUAGGUGAUAUUCAUACUUAUAAUGAAUGCAUUUUGUAAAGAAAUUGAAAAUUCGAGUGACAUGUUUUCAAAGAAUCUUGGUCAAAUUUAUUAAGUAUAAAAAGCCAUGCCAUGUCGUUUCAUGUAUAAAAUUUAGUCAUUUGCACAAACACUUUUUUAGCGCACUCAAACAUUAAAUUUGCAUGUUCAGCCAUUUUCAGAUGUCAUUCUCAUCAUUGAAUGAAUGACGUUUAAAUCAAUAUGAUGACGUCACGUUAUGCUGAUCAUACCUCUGAGUACAUUUUAGUAGAAAUCGGUACGCUACCCACGAUUUUUAAGAGAAUAAUAUAGCAUGCGUAUUUCUAACAAUGAUGCCAACCUAUAACAAAGGAAUUAUCCUUCUGUUCCGGGCACGUAAGUUGUCUACCUAUCUUGUGUUUUGUCCACGUGCUGACUUGGGGUGUGUACACACCGCUUUUUAAAAACCUGGAUCCUGGAUAAAAACUCGUUCGCUGUGUUUUUUAUGUGCAAUCGAUGAAAAUUGUUUGGUGUAUAUCCUGAAUCGUAUUCACAACCUGGUAUGGCGUUAUAACGUACUGUCGUAACAUCAGUACGUAUAACACAGUGAAAUAACAUCAUUACUACGUUCAACUGUGAAAUGCAAUUAUCGUUUCAUUAUCAUUGCUUUUUUGCACAUCAUUUGACGACAAUCUUACGUUCAAACAUUUGACUGCUGAUGAUAUAACCAAAGCCACUUUUUUGUUUAUUUUGUAUGAUUAGUUUAUCGAUAUUAGGGAUCUAUCAAUCUCAUUAAAAUCAGAUCUUAGUUCCCGCUACCGCUAAACAAAGAUCUGAGGACAUCCCAUUGCGGUUCAUGUCAGAACGACCUUAUCAGAUCUUGAAAGUGACAGUUGGAAUGUGAUUUUUGAUCGUGCAACCUCGAGAAAAUCACACACCGGGUAAUCCGAACGACAGUUAUGGGCUUUGUGACUGUAUUCCUACAAUAUAUACCAUCUAUUAGCCAUUCCAGGACAUUCUUUUGUUCAGUUUUUAAUUUUUUAAUCCAGUAUAUGUCAAAAUAUGUUUCGAAGCGUAGUCGCCAGUUUGAAACUCGAACCGUAAAAAUCGAUUAAGCUGCCUUCUGAUUGGCUAUUGUCGACUUCUUGUUAGUCAUUCCAUUGGUCGGUCAAAGUUCGCGAAAGGUCGGUCUGACGUGACUCAUAAUGGGAUGUCCGCAGAUCUUUGUUUAGCGGUAGCGAGGACUAAGAUCUGAUUUUAAUGAGAUUGGGAUCUUACUGGGCCAGACUGGACGGCAGUCGAUAUCAAUCACCAUCAACCGACUGAGGGGUCACUGAAAUCACUCCUCCACCCUUUACAAUGAUACCCCGUUCAUCUGGACUGUAUGACCGAGUCAACGACGUCCAUGUCUAUUUAUUGGAGACGAGGCCCUCUUUAAUAGUCGCCCAGUAUUUUACCAGAUACCAGAUAUGUUUCGACAUUCUUUUUUAACCAUCUCCCAUGUAAAUCUGUGGCCUUAUAGUCAAAAUGAGAAAUGAACAGGUCUCAAAGUAACUUGUGUUCUGUAUCUCAUCAACCGUUAAACGGUCGUCCAUUUAUUUUGUUCUGAUCCUGAAGAAUGUAUGUCCAUCGAGACAUACCACAGUUUGGAAGUCCCAAGAAAACACGUGACUAAAUACGUCACAUUGGAAUAGUUUUUACUAUCAGUUACGGCAACGCUAAAAUAGCGCAAUAAUGCAAACGUCGUGUUAAAGCAGCGUUUUGAAUGGGUGCUUGAUGACAUUCUUUAAACGCAGACACGAACUUGUAAAGUGGUCUGUUUUUACAACUGUUUUUUACAGAUUGAUAUUGUUGUCCAUGAUAAAAAAACAUACCCCAACAGUACAUGUUUGUAAGUGUACUUCAUGGAUCAGACGUCAUAUCAUUCAUGGGGUUUGGGAACUCGUUUCAUAUAUUUGCGGUAGUGAAUAUUCUUAGCUAACAUUGUUCAGUCAUUUUAUUAACUUUAUUCAUAUUUUUCAUAUUUUAUUGUCAUUAUAUUUUUAUGUCUACCUAAAAUAAAUGAAAUGAACGAUU